GGCGCGCGCAGUCCUCACGAGGUAGGCUCUCGGCUGCCCGCGUUUUCCGCUCAGAUGUGAUCUCAGCCGGCUCGCUCUUGGCCGGCCGCGCGGCGGCAAAACCGCCCGCGACACACCAUAUCCCUUCCUGUACAUAUUAGUCAAGUGAUAAGUGUAACUAAAAUUAUAUUUUUGAUGCAAAAUUAUCAAUAUCAUUCCGUCGAAGUACAAAGUAUACAAAAUAAAUUUGACGACAAAGUUUGAUAGUUUUAAAAAGUGCGCCAACAUAAACAAUAAUGUGGUGAAAGUAUGUAACAGUGAUAAAAUGGUUUUAGUGCAGACUGCAAAUGCGGGACAGUUUUGUGAGAGAAAUGUGACGAACAAAACGAUAUGGGAUGACUCAUAGUGCAAAAUGUUAUGUGCAACCCACUAUCCGAUCCGAAGAUGAUGCGAGAUAUCCACGACAAUGCUGGGGCAGGCGCAAGCGGCGCGAUGGAGGGAAGCGAGGCAGGCGGGAGUGGGGUUGCAGAGGUCGAUAUGGACGACUGCGGCUCCCUCGCACUGCCUCCGGACCUGCCCCCUUACUCCGGCGACUACAUCAUCAGCGACUACAUGGAACGCCUCGGCACACGGCUCAACAUCCUCGAAACAGAACUCAAAUACGCCUGGCGAGCCCUCGAUCUUUUAAGUCAAGAAUACGUGAGAAUGUGGGAACGAUUAGAAAGGUUGGAAGCGCUACUAGCAGAUCAACAGGGUGUGAUAUCUACAUUAUUAGAUUUUUAUGCAUGUCGAACUGUAACAUCUAGAGAUCCAAUGACUCGACUUGAAGUAAUACGAGAAAUAUUAGGUAACGGUACUGUCGAAGAUGGUAUAGAAGAAGGUUUGGAUAUCGGGAGAAGUUCUGUAUUAAUGGACCCACAAGAAGAGAUAAUGGAGUCUAAUGAAGCAUUUUACAAAAGCUUGAAUGCAGCCUAUCGAGAUGAUCUAGUUUGUGACGAAACUUCAAGACCUCCUUCACAGUUAGACAUGAUUUGGGAAGCACCUGAAGAACCUGAAAUUGAAAUUAUACCUCAAAGUUCGAGACAAAUUUACAGUGCAACAGAUUAUAAAGAUUAUUGUGGUCUUCAAGGAGGACCUGGUAUCAGCGAAAGAGAUUUAGUACAUCUAUCUACAUUAAGUACAAUAGAUCAAAUCACAGUAGAUAAAUUACAUGAAUUAGAUAGGUUGACAACCCAAUUACAUAAAGAUUCGAGAGAGUUAAAAGACUUGAAAACUAGGCUGCUUAGUCCCGAUCCAAAAAUGGUUUCAAAGCACGACCGAGAUAUUGAAGCUAAAACACUCGUUGAAGAUGGAAAUAUCAUAAACGAACAGCUUAAAAGUGUUUACUCUGGAGGUGACAAUUGGGGAAUAAAUGAUAUGAUGAAGAGUUUUGAUGACUUUAUGUUGACAAUGCCGAAAGAUACGGCAUCAAGAGAAAAAUCACCAUCUAGAUUGUCUCUUACAGAAAACUCAUCUGUGGAAAGAUCAAUGGAUUAUUUACCAUCUACGCUUUCACCAAGACGUAAAUUUGUUCCAGAAAGAACUACAACAGAGCCAUAUACGACUGUAACUGGCCGUUUGGCUUACAGUUCGGCUGUUGCUAAUGCUGAAAUAAACGCAGCUAAAGCAUCUAAAUCUCCGAGUGCUCUUUCAAGAGACAGAUUUGACUUCAGUUCAACGUAUCAAGCCAAUGAAAGCUCAAGGCAGAGUUAUUAUUCAAAUAAAAGUAUGUCUCAUCAACUUAAUGACAUAUACAAAACAAGUUCCAACCAACACUCUCCAUUGUCGAUUCAUGAAAUGUAUGAUGUAUCAUCAGAUAAUAAUCGCUUAGAUUUGACUUAUGAAGAAAAACGGUGCCCUAGUCCACCGCCACCUGCACCUCCGAAUGGAACAGAAUUGUUUUCUAUUGGAAAUAAUAAUGAAUCAAUGUCAGGCCACCAGUCGAUGCUCUCCGCUGGGCAAGUAGAUAAUUUGAGAUUAAGUCCUAGAUCACCGAAAUCUCCGAAAACAUCACCAAAGCAUAUAAAAAGAGACACUACAAAUAUUGUAGCGGCUAAAUCAGAUUCUGGACUUUCAUCAAUGAGUGGUUGGUCUAGUUUAGAAAAAAGUCCUGGUUCACCAAAAAUGGGCAGAAUCACGCAUAGUAGUCACGAUUCACAUAAGAUAAGAAUCUCGUCAUCACAGUCAAUUCAAAGAAUGGCAUAUGAAGCUGAUCCUAAGCCAUACUUGGAAACUUUAGUUGACUCCUACUUAUUUGAGGGAAAAGGAAUAAAGAAUGAUUUAAGUUCACGCAAAAGUGAGCUUAGCAGUUCAAGGGAUUUGACUACUUUGCAAGGAAAAACUGAAAAGUCUUAUUUAAAAAGUGAACCAGCCUUUGCAAUGACUGUUCAAAGUACCCAAGUAACUAAUAUUAAUGAAUAUUAUUACGGAAAUGAAGCCCCUUCAAUAUAUUCUGUAGCUGGAAAUAGACAACCUAUAUUUACUACUGUUUAUAGUACUCCGAGAGGAAUGUUAUCAGAAGAUAAUAGGAGUUUUUCCGAAUUAUUAGAUAGAAAUGAAAUUACAGAAUCUUCUGCAAGACCCGCAAUAGAUUCAUACCCACCUGAACCGAGUUAUCAUGCACAAACUGUUGUUAUGUCAGCUUCAAAUAAUGGUAAAAAAACAUUGACUAGAGCGAAUACCAUGGGUUCAAGUGAUUCACAUUUUUUUCAAAAUGGUUUCAAGGCAUCUGGACAUCGUACUGGCUAUCCGCCUAGUAAUUUUACUGAUGCUUUGUCAUAUUACCCAACUUCUACAAGGUAUGAUUCACCAAAAAGAACUUCCCUAGAAGAUCAACUAUCUUGGCAAGGUGGAAGUAGGUCACCAACUAGCUCUAUGGAAACUUCUAGUCUUAAAUCACAUUCACUAAAUAUAUCUGAAAGAAAACAAUUUCAAAAUCAACUUCAGCAAGAAUACUUUAAACAGCAACAAUAUGAUCAAAGAAAUGGUAAUGUAAUGUACGAAAACCAAGCAAUUGUCGAACACGCCAAAAUGAGAAAAGAACAGUUUGUUGAUUCUACUGGUAUAUUGGUAUCUGAGUCAGGAUAUCUAUCCAUUCCUGCUAAUAUGAAAGUAAAACAAAUAGAUAAACAAUGUAAGAAACCCAAAAGAACGUCAUCUCUAAAAUCAGCAAUGUCUUCCAUGAGUCAUUGGUUACCAGAUUUACAUUUACCUAAAAAACAUAGAUCUCAUUCACUACCUUCUGGUGUAGAUACUGUAGAACAACCACAACAAGAAAAGUCGUUAAAGGAAAGAAUUUUGUCAGCUCAACGACGAAAAAAGAAAUAUCAUUUAGUAGCUUCAAUGUCUGGAUUAUUACAAAAAGCAAGGCGGAAACAUCAAGCUAAUCAUCAGUCGCUUUCUGAUCCUGAGACUUCAGAAACGGAAUGGUCCGGUCGGUCUAGUGUUCAGUCAGAAGAUAGUGAUAGCGUAUUUUCUGAUUCAACACAUGAAAGUAAUAUGUUUGCAAAAGUUCCUGUCAAACCAAAACAAAGAAAAAUGAAUAACCAAGAAAUUGUAGAACAGCAGCAAAUGAUACAAGAUUUACAACAACAAGGGCUUGAUUAUAGAGAUCAUGAUGACACUGAUUGUAUAAUAGAAGAAAAUGAAAAGUUUCCAGUAAUACCUCGAGAUAAAAGUGAUGACAUUGAUUUUCAUUUUGCAAGAGUAAGUCAAAUAAACAAUCAAAUCAAUAACAAAAACAAUAUCAUAUCAGAAUUGGAAAAAUUAGACAUAGAUACGGAUAUAUCUAAUGUUGAUUUAUUUGAUGAAGAUGAAGAAAAAGAAGAUAAUCAAUCACCUGCCUCACUUUUUGCAACAGUUGGUGAUGUUAAGAAAGCAUCUGUUACUUCUGAUGAAGGAUUAUCUGAUAGUAAUAAAUCUUAUAAUGGUAGUUCUCAAGAGUUUGCUGUAUCUCGAGCAUUAGGUAAAUACAGAUUACGGAAAUCAUCGUCAAUUUCCGAUGAGCAUCAAGGAGAAAAUAAAUCUCCACCAAAGCCCGAAGUGGAGUUGAAUUUACAAAAUGAAAUUAGCGAGGAUUUUCCCACUAUAAAAGAGAAAAGAAUACGUAAACAAAGUACACCUGAAAUCAUAAGUAGUUCAGUACCAGAAGAUACUGUUUCAUAUCCGGAACGUAGUCCAUCGAUUCAGAGUAGUAGAGGCAUACAUAACAAAUUUCAGCCGCGUCAUCAACAAAGUUUAGAAAUACCAAACAAACAUGAUGACGAUGACAGCAGGAGUACUCAUUCAUGGAGAAGUGGUUCUCGUGUAUCUUCAAGGCGGCAAAGUACAGAAGAUAGUAUUGACUCUGAAGAUGAAUGGUACUGUUAUGAAUUAAGAAAAUUAGAAGAAAUGGAACACCAAUCACAAGUGGAGUCAGAACGACAACAAACAUUAGCCGAAGAACCUGAGUUUGAAGUAUUAGAGGAACCAGAAGAAAAUUUGAAAGAGAAAAUGUCUUUUGUUUUGCGAGAGUUGAAACUAAAAACGGCACCUGUGAAAGAUAAAUAUGACGAAACUCCAGUGAGGGAGACUUGGAAGGACAUCACAACAUUUCCAGUUAUUGAUGAAAAAUCUGAUGAUGUUGUGAGAGAAGAAUCGGAUGAUGAUAAAUCAUAUGCUGAUUCUGGUUCAGGUGAAACUUCUGGACCUGAUAGCCCUGUUCAAAGUGGUGACGAGAUGGAUGAUGAUUUUGACAUGCCUGAAAUUCAUGAGGAGCCAGUCCCAAAGCAGCAGCCAUUUCAGCAGCAACAGCAACAGGAUGCUCCUGUUGGCAGCAAGUGGAAACUUCUCAAGGCUCUGAAGGAUCGCAAAGCAGAGGACAAGGCAUCCGACACGCCUGCUGCGACUACACCUUCUACCGAAAAGGACAAAGUAAGCGCAGGUAAUGGCUCCGGGGGAUUCAACGAGCAAGGAGGCCGUGGAAAUGGGCAUCCAGGAGACAAUCCCUUCUACAGCAAUAUCGACAGUAUGCCAGACAUCAGGCCUAGAAGGAAAUCUAUUCCACUCGUCUCAGAACUUACAAUGGCUGCGACGAAGAGAAAUGCAGGUUUGACAUCGGCUGUACACAGGGCGACUCUGAAUGACGAAGAACUGAAAAUGCACGUGUACAAGAAGACGUUGCAAGCUCUCAUAUAUCCCAUUUCCUCGACGACUCCACACAACUUCGUGUUAUGGACUGCAACAUCUCCUACUUACUGUUACGAAUGUGAAGGGUUACUGUGGGGCAUCGCCAGGCAAGGAGUCAGGUGCACUGAAUGCGGAGUCAAAUGUCACGAAAAGUGCAAAGAUUUGCUCAACGCUGAUUGCCUACAGAUGUGCUUCGCAGGGGCUGCUGAGAAGUCUUCCAAACAUGGCGCGGAAGACAAGGCCAAUUCCAUCAUAACUGCUAUGAAGGAACGAAUGAAGCACAGAGAAAAGGAAAAGCCGGAAAUCUUUGAACUCAUCAGAUGCGUGUUUGGAAUCGAAGGAGAAGGGCAUGCGACACACAUGAGCACAGUCAAGCAAUCAGUCCUGGAUGGCACGUCAAAAUGGAGCGCCAAAAUCGCUAUCACAGUUAUUUGUGCUCAAGGGUUGAUCGCCAAGGACAAGAGUGGAACAUCAGAUCCAUACGUCACCGUCCAGGUCAGCAAAGUCAAGAAGCGGACGAGGACCAUGCCCCAAGAGCUAAACCCUGUGUGGAACGAGAAGUUCUAUUUUGAAUGCCACAAUUCUUCCGACCGCAUCAAAGUGAGAGUGUGGGACGAGGACAACGACCUCAAGUCAAAACUCCGACAGAAGUUGACUAGAGAAUCUGACGAUUUCUUGGGGCAGACUAUCAUCGAGGUGCGAACUUUGUCCGGCGAGAUGGAUGUCUGGUACAAUCUGGAGAAGCGGACGGACAAGUCAGCCGUGUCCGGAGCCAUCAGACUGCAUAUCAACGUAGAAAUCAAGGGUGAAGAGAAGGUGGCACCGUAUCAUGUCCAGUACACUUGUCUCCACGAAAACCUGUUCCACUACCUUUGCGAAGAAAAUGGUGGGGCUGUCACCCUCCCCGCAGCUCGAGGGGACGACGCGUGGAAGGUCUACUUCAACGAGAUCCCUGAGGAAAUUGUGGAUGAAUUCGCUAUGAGAUACGGGAUUGAAGCAAUUUAUCAAGCUAUGACCCAUUUCCACUGCCUCUCGACCAAGUACCUGUGCGCUGGAGUACCUGCAGUAAUGUCCACUCUUCUGGCGAACAUCAACGCAUACUAUGCUCAUACUACGGCGUCAUCAGCUGUGUCGGCUUCGGACAGAUUCGCUGCAUCUAAUUUUGGGAAAGAGAAGUUCGUCAAGUUGCUUGACCAGUUGCACAACUCGUUGCGUAUCGACCUGUCCAUGUACAGGAACAACUUCCCCGCCUCCAGCGCCGAGAAGCUCAUGGACCUCAAGUCCACCGUCGACCUACUCACCAGUAUUACAUUCUUUAGGAUGAAGGUUCAGGAGUUGAGCAGUCCACCUCGCGCCAGCACGGUAGUCAAGGACUGCGUGAAGGCUUGCCUUAGAUCUACAUAUCAGUUUCUAUUUGAGAAUUGUUAUGAGCUCUAUAACAGAGAGUUCCAGGUUGACCCGAACGAAGCCAAGCGCGAUCCGUCUGACCACGGGCCGCAAUUGGACUCGGUGGACUUUUGGCACAAGCUCAUCGCUCUCAUCGUAUCUGUGAUAGAAGAGGAUAGGAACAGUUACGCUCCCGUUCUCAACCAGUUCCCGCAAGAAUUGAAUAUUGGACAGCUAUCUGCAGCAACAAUGUGGUCGCUAUUCGCCGUGGACAUGAAGUAUGCUCUAGAAGAACACGAACAACACAGGCUUUGCAAGUCUUCCGCUUACAUGAAUUUACAUUUUAAGGUGAAAUGGCUCCAUACAAACUUCGUAAAAGACGUGCCUCCAUACUGCGGCGCAGUGCCCGAAUACCCAGCGUGGUUUGAACCCUUCGUGAUGCAAUGGCUGAACGAGAACGAUGAUGUAUCCUUGGAGUAUCUCAAUGGUGCCUUCAACAGGGAUAAGAAAGAUGGGUUCCAAAAAUCAAGCGAACACGCGCUCUUCAGCAACUCCGUGGUGGAUGUAUUCACCCAGCUAACGCAAUGCUUCGACGUGGUUUCCAAACUCGAGUGUCCCGAUCCUGAGAUCUGGAAGAGAUACAUGAAGAGAUUCGCCAAGACCAUUGUCAAAGUGCUGGUCGCGUACGCUGAUAUCGUGAAGAAGGAGUUCCCUGAACAUUUGAAGGAAGAGAGAGUGGCUUGCAUCCUAAUGAACAACAUCCAGCAGCUGCGCGUGCAGCUUGAGAAGAUGUUUGAGGCGAUGGGCGGCACCAAGCUGGAGCGGGACGCCGCCGAUAUUCUGCACGACCUGCAGCAGAGCCUCAACAGCACGCUGGAUGAGCUCGCCUCUAUGUUUGCUAACAGCUUAGAGACUCGCAUCACGGCCAGCGUGAAGGAGCUGGGCGAGCUGCUGCAGAAGGUGGGCGGAGGCGGCGCGCCCGGCGCCGCGCAGGCGCCCGCGCACCACGAGGCUGACGAGGUGCUGCGCCCGCUCAUGGAUAUCUUGGAUGGCUCACUCACGAUGUACGCGGAGUCCUGCGAGAAGACCGUACUGAAGAGGCUGCUGAAGGAGUUGUGGAAGAUUGUCAUGAAGAUUCUAGAAAAGACUGUCGUGCUUCCUCCCAUGACUGAUAAAACGAUGAUGUUGAAGAACCUGACCAACAACGCCAAGAAUCUGGCUGCCAACGCGAAGAUAGAAGACAUGACGCAGCUGUUCAAGAGUACUGUCGGCAAACAAGAUGUGAAGCAUGCGUUGUCCGGAGUCAUGGACAUCUCGAAAGAGCAUUUAUCAGCCGAAAAGAGUUUAACACCGAAACAGUGCGCAGUAUUAGACGCAGCGUUGGACACCAUCAAACUAUACUUCCACGCUGGCGGCAACGGCCUAAAGAAGACCUUCUUAGAAAAGAGCCCAGAACUGCAGUCAUUGAGAUAUGCCCUCAGUUUGUACACACAGACUACGGAUACGCUGAUUAGGACGUUUGUCACCAGUCAACAGAAUCAAGACGCAGCAGUUGCAGAAGAGGGAAGCGUGGGAGAGGUAUCUCUUCAGGUUGAUCUGUUCACGCAUCCUGGUACUGGAGAACACAAGAUCACUGUCAAAGUGGUAGCAGCGAACGACCUUAAGUGGGUGAUAGCUAGCGGCAUGUUCCGUCCGUUCAUCGAGGUGAACCUGAUCGGGCCGCACCUCGCUGACAAGAAGAGGAAAUUCGCCACCAAGUCCAAGAGCAACAACUGGAGCCCCAAGUUUAACGAAACAUUUCACUUUAUGGUGAGCGCGACAGAACAACUGGAACUAUUUGAACUCCACGUGUGCGUACGGGACUACUGCUUCGCUCGGGAGGACCGUCUGGUCGGUGUCGCUGUUAUGCGGCUGGCAGAUAUUGCGGAACAGGGUUCAUGUGCUGGCUGGUUACCAUUGGGCACACGCGUGAAAAUGGACGAAACGGGCUGGACCAUCCUCAGGAUACUCUCCCAGCGGCACAGUGACGAAGUGGCAAGAGAAUUCGUCAAACUGAAGUCAGAAAUGCGCAACGAAGCUCCCGUAGGCCAAGGACCUUCGUGAGGAACUCUAUAAGAACACCAUCGGAGUCAAAGUUACGGCACUUAAGUGUCAUUACUCGAAAAUGGACAUUUCGAGUGUUAAUUGCGUCCCUCGAAGUCCCGAAGAGACUUCGCGAGGAAAAACGACUCCGGCGCUCCGGCAGUACCCGGUCAGAUAUGAUUUCCUAUCGAGACGUUUUGUAAAUAAAUUUCGAUGUUAAGUUACGCGAUAGUAGUAUAUGUUGCACAAAGUACUCGUUAGCUACAAAGACUGACCGUAGGCGGCCGAGGGCGCCGCGUGCGUAUCCGUUUUAGGUGUCCAAUGUUUAUUACUCAUUCGUUUCGAUUUAAACUCUGACUGAAAUUGAAGAGAUUUAUUUGUUAUUUUAUUCACUUGCCACUUUGUAAUUUUGAAUUAACUGCUCACGAGUUUCGAUUUUUGUAUUUUGAUUUAUGAUUGGAUAUCUAAAAUGGUGUGCGUAUCAUCACGAUUUAUGUAAUAAUAUUAAUAUGGACCAAACUGUCAUAAAUACGGAUUCAUUAAUCCUUAUCCCUAAAUAAUGCAACAUAAUUUAUCUAACUAAUCAUCUACUCGUUAUUCGUGUACAGUAAAUAAUAUUAUGGCCUUAUGUAAAUUAUUUCGAUUUGUUUUUUUUUUGCUUCUUAUAUAUAGUGGAAUGAACGUUAGGACAAAAGAAAAGCGAUGUUUUUUUUAACGCGUGGUGUAUAGGAAUAUGCGAGCACGAUAAUCAAGUGUAGGAGAUGAGUGUUCUAAAAUGGAAUUAAAUAUAGUAUAGCUACGGUUUAUAUUAAAAUGUACGGUCUUGUCAUCUUUUAUAUCUCAUUUUGUGUCCGUUUUGAGAGAUCUCAAGUGUAAUGUGGUCCACACUGUUUCAGUAUUUUACUGAUGUAAAUACCAAUGUUGUUUAAUAUACAAUCUUAUUAUCUUUAACACUUAUUUUAAUACGCUUGGCCUGUUAACAUAUAAUCAAAUCUCCUAUGUCUUUUUGUAUAUUAUUGAAAAUUGUGAUAUUGUUAUAAAUGAAAUACAUCAUUAACUGUCGUGGAUAUUUACGUAUAUCGGUUUUAGGAGAUAAAUUCAUUGAUCAGAUGUUGAUUGUUGUAAAAUUUGUAUUAGAACAUAUUUUCUUUAUCGAUACAGGGCACUGAUAAUUUUAAAUUAAAUAUUAAAUAUAUAUUUAAAUGUUUCUUUGUAAGUAUCAAUUUGAUGUUUCCUUCGAAUUUCUAUGAAUAUUCUUAUUUGUUUUGUCGAGGCUGUACCUUGACGAAAUCAGUGCUCAAAAUAAUUCGUUAAGGCAUUUUUAUGGCGAAUUAUAAUAACCACACGUGGAUUUAACGAGAUAAUAAUUAUAUUAUAAAUUAAAAUUGUCACAGUCAAAACCUAAACUCACAGUGUUUGAAACAUCACAAAUAAAAUUAGGAACUGUAUAUUUUCAUAGUCACUACGACUAACUUUAACGAGUAUACGAUUCACUAUAGACAUAAGUAACUAAAGUAACAAAAAUCUAAACCUACCUACGUUGGAAUGAGUUCCAUUUUAUACAAUUAUCUGUCAUAGAUUUUACUUCAUACUAGGCAUAUAUCAUUAUAUACAAUAGAAAGUAGAAUAUAAGGCAGGUAAUAGCGUAAAGUGGAAAUCAUUCCAUCGAUUGAUGAUUGAUUGUCGCAUUAUAUAAAUUGUUAUUUAAGUAAUGUCAUUUUAUAUGCAUAUUCACGAGAUUAAAUGUCUUUGUUGUGUUUUUUAAUAUAUUUUUUCUUUUAAUAUGAGUGAUGUUUGGUCAUAGUGGUUUUGAAAAUAUACAAAAUGUGUAGAGGCACACCACUGAACGACACGGGAGAUAGAUUUUCUAAAUAUUAGCAUUUAUCAUGGAUUACAUAUCUGUAGAUAGAGAAUGUGGUUUGUCUAGUCCAAAUCUCAAUAUAUAUUAUAUAUUUCAUCGUCUUUACUAAAAACUUAUCUUUUUUACUUUGUAAUUCCGAGUCGACUGAGUCUAUAAAUAGUGCGUAACUAUCGUUGCGUUGAUAGUUUCCGUAGUUAUUCUAUUCAAUGUAUUAACGUAUUCAAAUCUAAUAAAAAUAUCUUUCAAAAUUUGAAUUAGAUAUAUUACAUUCUUUGUCCAUUGUAAUAAAUAAAAUAUAUUUAAAAGUAAUAUAUAAAAAUUAUAGCCUAUAUGUACGUAUUAAUGCAUUGAAUGGGGUGUGUUUCGUUGGAAUUUAUUAGCAAUAAAAUUACCUAUUGGAUAGUGUUCUAAUCUUUUUUUCAUACAAAAUGUUGAUAAUAGUCUCAAUGACGAUAAUAAAAUUGCGUACAUUUGAUCAUCCAUUUGUAAAUACUGGCAAAUCGUACUUCCAUUGUUUGCUGAAGGGAAGAUAUCUGGAAGGGAUCGUGUGAUAUCUACAUAAACCAACACACAAAAUAUCAGUAUUAAUUUCUGUGUAUCAUGAUUUGUUUAUGUAUUCGUAUAUUUUGAAGUGAUAGUCUCAAAACACUGUUUAUGAAGAUAUUACGAUUCGAGCUAGUAUUAAAGAGAAGCGCACAGAUCAUUAUCCAUCAUCAAAAUAAUACUAUCAAAUCAUAUUGACACGUGAAACCUUUACCAUUUGACAAUACUUGGUAAAUAUAAUUUUGUAAGUGUAAAAUGUGAUCAUUACAAGCAUCGGCGUCAUUGUAAGUCUAUAUCGCUCCAAUUUUAGUAUUAAAGUCACUAAACAUUGCAUAUAUCUUUGUAUAAAAUGCAUAUAUGUAAAUGUUACAUGUUUAAACACAUUAUUGAAUUUAGAAUUUUUAUGAAAAAAUAAAUAUCCGUAUUUCAAAUAUA